GUGAAAAAUCAGAUUCCCCACCCAAUCCGACGGGAAACGCGAAAAGCGGAAGAACGAAGAACGACGCAUUGAGCACCACCUACAUUCCCGCAGGGUUUUCGGGGGCAUCUUCAAGGUGCACUUUGUCGUCUCCACCAAAUACGUAUCUGGGUCGCCUGCUCUGUCUCGGCCAGUCACUGGAUUCCGGUGCAAUGCAGCUAAUUUUCGAGCUGCGAAUUUCGCCCGAGGAUUCCGUGAUUGGCGGUUAGGUUUGUCGAUCUGCAUCGAUGCGUUGAUGGGUUUCUCGCGUAUGUUGAGGAGGUGCUUAGAUGUUGUGGAGACAGUCUCUUGGGUUUGAUUUUGAUCCGUUUGCGAAAUGAUUCUGGUAGGCAGUUGGUAAUAUUGUUGGGCAUGUUCUUAUUUGGUCCUGAUAAAGAUGAAGAGACUGAAGUUGGAACCCACGAGUGGCAGAAAGCUCAAGCUUUCGCACUUAUUGCUGGUUGUAGGGGCAUUAUACUUGCUUUUCAUAACCUUCAAGUUCCCAAAGUUCUUAGAGAUGGCAACCUCGAUGGGUGGAGAUGAUAGCCCCAUUGGGUCGGUAAAAGAGGAUCCUGAAGAUAGGAGCCUAAGCAAAACGUUCAUCACUUCCGUUCACGAGGAUAAAUUUCACCAGAGCUUAGAAGAUUUACGAAGCCAAAAUGUUUUUAAAAUGCCUAGGAAGGAACACACAGAAGUGGAAAUAAAUAGGUCUGGGCCCACUAAGAUAUCUCAACACCGCUACGGUCGAAUAAUGGAAGAAAUCAUGAGGCGGAGGAAUAGGACCAGUGACCUAUCGGCGCUUGAGAAGAUGGCAGAUGAGGCUUGGAGUUUGGGUCUAAAAGCAUGGCAGGAAUUGGGCAAGUUUAAUCUGAAUGAGACUGCACAAACUUCGCUCUUGGCGGGGCCAAUAGAGUCGUGUCCUUCGUGGGUUUCAAUGAGUGGGGAAGAAUUGGCGCGGGGAGAUAGACUCAUGUUUCUUCCUUGUGGGCUUGCUGCAGGAUCUUCCAUUACCGUGGUUGGAACUCCUCAUCAUGCCCAUCAGGAGUAUGUCCCACAACUUGCAAAGUUAAGGAGUGGUGAUGGCGUGGCUAUGGUCUCGCAGUUUAUGGUUGAAUUGCAGGGGUUAAAGGCUGUAGAUGGGGAGGAGCCUCCCAAGAUUUUGCAUUUAAACCCAAGAUUAAAGGGUGAUUGGAGCCACACGCCGGUUAUUGAGCACAACACUUGUUAUAGAAUGCAAUGGGGAACAGCUCAAAGGUGUGACGGUUUAUCGUCCAAGAAUGAUGAAGAUAUGCUAGUUGAUGGAUAUGCGAGGUGUGAAAAAUGGAUGCGGAAUGAUAUUGUUGAUGCGAAAGAGUCCAAGACAACAUCUUGGUUUAAGCGAUUUAUAGGACGUGAGCAGAAACCAGAAGUGACAUGGCCUUUCCCUUUUGUGGAGGGUGGGCUGUUUAUUCUCACUCUUCGUGCAGGUGUUGAUGGUUACCAUAUUAAUGUUGGGGGUCGGCAUAUUACUUCAUUUCCUUAUCGGACGGGAUUUACACUUGAGGAUGCAACUGGAUUAGCAAUAAAAGGAAAUGUUGAUGUUCAUCAAAUUUAUGCUACCUCUCUCCCUACUUCCCAUCCGAGUUUUUCUCCUCAAAGAGUACUAGAAAUGUCCGAGAAAUGGAAAGCUCGUCCUCUGCCUAAAAGACCAGUUAGGCUUUUUGUUGGUGUUCUUUCUGCAACCAACCACUUCGCAGAGCGCAUGGCAAUCAGAAAAACCUGGAUGCAAUCAGCAGCAAUAAAGUCUUCAGAUGUAGUAGCUCGUUUUUUUGUUGCACUGAAUCCGAGGAAGGAGGUGAAUGCAAUGCUGAAAAAGGAGGCUGCCUACUUUGGUGAUAUAGUUAUUUUGCCCUUUAUGGAUCGCUAUGAGCUUGUGGUCCUGAAAACCAUUGCGAUAUGUGAGUUUGGGAAUCAGAAUGUGACAGCCGCAUUUACGAUGAAAUGUGACGAUGAUACAUUCGUAAGGGUGGAUGCCGUCUUGCAUGAAAUUGACGGCAUCUCUUCGAACAAGUCUCUUUAUAUGGGCAAUCUCAAUCUCUUGCAUCGUCCCCUUAGAAAUGGAAAGUGGGCAGUUACUUAUGAGGAAUGGUCAGAAGAAAUAUACCCUCCAUAUGCCAACGGACCAGGAUAUGUCAUUUCAAGUGAUAUUGCCAAGUUUAUUGUUUCUCAACAUAGAGUCCGAAGCCUCAGGCUCUUCAAGAUGGAGGAUGUAAGCAUGGGGAUAUGGGUGGAGCAAUUCAAUAGUUCUGUGCCGGUACAGUACUCACACAGCUGGAAAUUUUGCCAAUAUGGUUGCAUGGAAGACUAUUACACUGCACAUUACCAGUCUCCUAGGCAGAUGAUCUGCUUGUGGGACAAAUUGGCAAGGGGUCAAGCCCAAUGUUGCAACUUUAGAUGACAGAUUAAGAGACAAUCUCAUCUUUAAGAUUCAGCCGUACAUAGUCCUCUUCGGCUUCUUGUAAUUAAGCCCGCAUCUGGUUAGUUCCGCUAUAUCAUGAAGUAGGUCAGGCUGGCAAUCCCAGUAGAGAAAGUGAAAGAAAUUUUGACUGGGAUAUAUUGUGCCAUUGCACUGGCUGUUUUGAUCGAGCUGAGUAAUUUCGGUUCGGUCA